AAGUGAGUUUUCAAACAAAUUAGGGAGUACAUCACUGUAAAAACUACUGGACGUGCGGAGUGUAAGCUGUGAACCAUUGAAUACGAGGAUGACCUGCACACAUGCACAGUUCCCCAACUGAUGUGAAACGAGUGGAAAGCAACUAUUGUUCAACAUCUGCACGUACAUCUGGCUGUACCAUGGGCGGGCAUCAGACAUGCACUACAGCUUUGGUUUUGUGCUUUAUGACCUGUGGUCACAUGACGAUGAGCAAGCCCGUGGGUAGUACACGAAGUAGUGACCAACUGUUUCCAAACAACAUCGAAUCUUUUGCUUUUCAACAUCAAUCAGCUACUUCAGCUUCACAACUUUCACAAAAUUACCGCAGACUUUCGCCUGGAAGAGAUACUCGAGUAACAGACAGUGAGAAAGUAAGAAGGUAUGCCUGGAGACGUUUGAAUAGACCCAUUACACGGGACCUUACAGCUGCCCAAUCCAAUACGCACGCCUUACUCUUCCCAAAAUCUCCUCGACAAGUUAGAAAACACCCAGAGAACGUCCAGCGUAGCUUUCCUACUUCGUCAGAUAAGAAUAUACGAGCUCUGUGUUGCGUUUACUCGGAUUCGGGCCAUGCACCUCUGUCGUCUGAACUUAGACAAAGGGAUAAAUCUGACCUGCUCGUUAAAAACGUUAAAAACGUCUCUUCUAAACAAUCUUAUAGGGACUACACGAAAGCAGGGAACAAAAAUGCAUGGCUCGGUGCAUUCCAAUACAAAAGAAAACAUCUACGCCUCAAAAGAAACCUCGAAACUCUUGAAUUUCAGACAGCAACGUUCCAAAGCGGGCAAGGUUUCAGCUCCAUAACUGACACUCAUCUUGGUGAAACUAACAAGAAAGGAAAAGUAUAUAUAAGUAAAGUGCGUGAUAAAAAAGGGAAAAGACUCGGUAAAGUGUCGAGAAGACAUCGCAGGUCCGAGUCAAGCAUUCCUCUAUUGAACAAUAACGACGUGUCCGUGACUGAUGAAGCGGAAAUUCAAGAUUCGUUUGCGCAUGAGCCAGAGGAAGGGGACCCCGAUAUUGAUCAGCCGUUCCCCGACAUGACGUCAGACCAUUCCCCAGGCAUGCACCUUCAUGAUGGUGUCGAUGCCGAUCCAUCAGACCCAUCCGAUCCAUCCGACUACAGCGAACAAGACACUCCAUCCAACAACCUGCCGCUCACUGAUAACUAUGGGUCUCAUCUCACUGCAGGGGUUGGCCAACCUAUCGGUUCUAACCACCCCCACGACACAGAUGGCGCGGUUGACAUAUAUAGUGGGGAGAACCUGCCUUAUAUUCCUGCGUUCGGUGACAACAACACAGCGGCGGCAGAAGGUGAGCAGAAUUAUCCUGGCACCAUCAACACGGGUGACGGGGUUAUCACAGCUGACACUGGGGAUGAGAAUAAACAUAGAAUUAACUCAUCAGAGUCCGAUAGCGUUCUUCCUGACCGCAGUGAAUCGGGUAUGUCUUCUGACUACGAAAUCAUCACUCCAACCUCUUCGUUUCCAUUUACAAAUUCGAUAGCAGUCAGUGAAACAUUACUUCCCUCUGCUUUUGACAUCCAGGAUUCAUCGACGUCAUUGAUGCCAGUAAGCAUUAUUGAUACGUUUACUGAGAGUCUCCCCGAUUCAACAUUCAGUGGUAGUACUCAAAGAGCAGUUUCCUCUUCUGACAGUGGAGACAUCCUCCACGCAUCAGCAGACCCAGAUGUUCAACACAGUGUGUCUCCGGUUCUGACAGAUCUCAUAACAACACGCAGUCUCCCUGGAACUCACGACCUCACUCUGGAUGCUUCAUUGUCUGUGGGAUUAAGCGUUUACCCAACCUCAUCAGAUUUAUUCGAUUUGUCGGAGCAAUCUGACAUGGAUACAUCGUCCUCAAUACUGACAACUACCCCUUCUCUUCCCUUCGUAUAUUCUGUUACCGUUUCAACAUCGCAGUAUGAGCCGUCUUUCCUUCCCUCGUCUGUUUCUCGUGUACAUGAAACUGAACCUACAGCAAUGACUUCUGUUACACAAGAUGGCUUACCACCGCCGUUUACAGGGACAACGAAGAGUGAUGUAAAGAUUGAAGACAGCGACAGCAGCGAAACCAAUGACUCUGAAUCGACACCCACAACUCAAUCGGGUUCCUCGACGAGGAACAGAGUUGACCUUGAAUCUCAACCUUCUCAGAGCUCAACCCAGCCUACACUCAACCAAGCCACUUUGCCCACAUCGUUACUCGAGGAAGAAGAGAUAUUCAAUGCCACAGAUGACGGUGGUGGGGGACUUAUUAUGAGUCCGAAUCUCCAAAGUUCAAACAACGCCCCACCUCUUCCAACGCGAAGACCUGCAACGACUUCAACGUCGGAGCUAUCAAAUAAUUUUACUGGAAACGCCCUCCCAGACGAGCGUUCAGAUAGACCGUACACAGAGGAAGAGACGGACGUCACAGUCCCUGCAGUAUUCGGUGACGUGUCAGAACUAGAUGAUGGGGAUUCUCCUUCGGGGAACUCACAGGAUGGGGCUGGGGAGACAGCGGACGAAGAAGAGGAGACUGGCCCGGCUGUUGCCCCUGACAUCAGUGAUAAAACAUCAACACAAAGCAUGACAACAGCUCCAGGAGAGCCUCAAGUCCCUGUCGAUGACCAGAGCCGGAUGGGUGAACAAGGGGGUAGCAGUCUCCGCACCACUAAGGCUCCAACACCAGCUACUCCGGACAUACCUAUUUCCUUCGUGGAGCUCAAGCUGAGUAUGUCCUGGCCGGACUUCUGCGACAGCGAGGUCAACAUCUGGGAGGAGUUGCUGGAGAUCGUGAAUGACCAAGGUGGACAGAGAGACGUCACAGUUGACCAGAUUCAGAUGCUAAACAGACAGGAGGAAGAGUGCGUGCGUGUGGACAUAAUCGAAAGUGAAGAGAUUUUUGUCCGGAUGUACCUGACAAACAAGAGCCACCACUAUGACAGAGGACUCACCAUUGUUUGUGCCCAGGUUCUAGAGGCUGGGCCACAGCUUGGAGAAACAUCCAUUAUUAGGAACAAGAUAAUCAUCCGGAGACGCCACAGCGGUAGGGGUCUGCUAGGUGGGGGUCUCAACUGUAGUUUUAGUGUGACGAGCGCAGACUCCAUCCAACUGUCUUCAGUGACCAAGUCGCGACCAAACAGUGGAAUGACCAACAUGGCUCUGGAGAUGUUGGACCCGGAGAGAUGUGCGCCCUACUGGCCUGAACUGAGCGGGAAGAGCGCCGCACAGAAACAUGGCCACUUCCAGGUGGAGUUAAAACACAAGGAGGUCAGCCAGGAGUACAUCAUGUCCACUUUGGAGAUCAAUAACCUCAGAAAGAUUGAAAAGCGACAGAUUAAGCAUUUUUGGUACACAUGCUGGCCCAUGAAAGGCACACCGGAGCCAAUCUCCCUGGUCAAGUUAGUCCUCGAUACUCGGCCAGCCUUCGAGAACAAAGGGUCUCCACUCAUCGUUCACUGCAGUCCGGGAACUGGUAGGACCUGCACGUUCAUCGCCCUAGAUCUGUGCAUGCGGCAGUUCGAAUCCCGGCGUCUGGUCGACGUGAUGAAGACAGUUAACAACAUGAGACACGAGCGAGCAGGGGCCAUUCAAAACAAGGAACAGUAUAAUCUGGUGUACAAUGCUAUCAACGAGUAUGCCACCAUCUUAGUGAGCCCUAUGGUGUCUGCUGCUUCCUCUGCCACCACACUGCAUGCUUUGCUCCCGGGCUGAAGUGCAGCGUACUGACUACUACUGUGACAAGCGCAGUAUCUAUUCGGAGACGGCCCCGACGGAAAUAGACCAAUCAAAAUGCUUUGUGCCUCUUGACCAAGUAAAAAA